AUGCCGGGCAUCUACGGAGGAGAUGACAUCUCUGCCAUCGUCGUCGAUCCAGGAUCGUCGAGCUUGCGAGCGGGAUGGGCAGGCGAGGACACACCACGGGCGUUGAUCCCGAGCUACUACGGAUGGAUGCCAGCGUCGGACGAGGAGCUACAGAUGCAGAUCGGAUCUCGAUCGGAGGCAGCUGCUAAUGGCGAUGCGAUGGAAGGUGUCGAGACCGCUGACGGCGGUGCGGUCGAAGGAGAGAACGGAGAGACAAAAGAGCCUGGGGAAGCUGCUGUCAAGAAGGCUGGGCCAUCGGACUGGGAAGUGCAAAAGCUCAAGUCUGAGAGCAGAAAGAGGUUCGUAGGUGACUCGGGUGUCAACAUCUGGAGACCAGACAUGGAGAUCGGCAACCCCUUCGAAGAUGGUAUUUUGACAUCCUCGGCCUCUUUGCUGGCCCUCACACGCUUCGCUCUUGCCGACUCGAUGGGCGCAGAGACGUCUGAGCAUCCGCUCCUUCUCACAGAACCAUCGUGGAACACUCGCGAGGCGCGUGAAGAACUCACCGAGAUGGCAUUCGAAGGGCUCAACGUCCCUGCUUUCUACCUUGCUAACUCGACGGUUUUGAGCUCAUUCUCGGCUGGCAAGCCGACGGCUUUGAUCGUUGAUGUUGGCGCAUCGCACUCUUCGGCGAUUCCUGUCGUCGACGGCUUUGUUCUUCGAAAGGGCAUCCAGAGGCAGGCCGGAGUCGGAGGCGACGCUGUCUCACGGGCACUUCUCUAUGACCUCAAGCAUUCACCAGCUGGCUCGAGCCGCGUGGGUGGUCCUGUCGACAUUGUGCCCCAGUACCUUGUCAAGAGCAAGGUGCCCGUUCAGGCUGGUCACACGGCCGUCGCUAAGUUGCGCGAGGAGCGAAAGGCAAGCACACCUGAAUCACUGCACAAGUACUACGAGAUGCGGACGCUGCACGAUGCCAAGGAGAGCUUGUCGAUGGUUCUCGAUCUUCCCUGGGAUGAACAGCAAGCCUUGUCUCGACCAUCUCGACUUUACGAAUUCCCGAAUGGCUACAACGACACGUUUGGCAUUGAGCGAUACAGGGCUUCUGAGCUGCUCUUCACGCCGCAGAUUUGGAAUGGUGUCGAAGGGGUUCUCCCACCCGCGCCAUCCACACAACCGUUCAAGCCAAUCUCCGAAAUGAUUAUCGAUGCAAUUGCUGCGACAGACGUCGACUCUCGCGCUACGCUGCUGCAGAAUGUCGUCGUUGUCGGUGGAGGAGCGUCGAUGCCCCGAUUCAACGAUCGAUUGUCGUGGGACCUGGGACUGAGGGCUGCAGGCCAGAAGAUCAAGGUUCACUCGCCUGGUAACCAGGUCGAAAGACGCUUCAGCUCUUGGUUGGGUGGCAGCAUCUUGGCAAGCUUGGGCACCUUCCACCAACUGUGGAUCAGCAAGCAGGAGUAUGACGAGCAUGGUAGCGCCGUUGUCCAUGCCAGGUGUCGGUAA